GUGAGUUGUGACCAAGUCCAAUUGCAGUCAAAAUACCUUUGACUCCUUUUUAAUUAGUUUUUUAAUUAAUUUUAUUUUUCUUAACUUUUUUUGAUGUAUUAUUUAUUUAUUUUGGAAUCCCGCGCAAUUUCUCCGCAACCGAUUUCUUCUGUUUAGGGCUUAAUCUUCAGCCUCUAUGUUUUCCCACCCUAAUUAGUGAAUCAUUGUAAGAAGCCCCAGCAUUUCGAGGCCAGACUAAUUAGUUUUGAUUAUGGAAGAGAAGGCUUCUACUUGUGAUGUUCAUUCGGCGAGGGUUUCAUCGUCGUUCGCCAAAAAGGGUGACCGCCUAAUUUUUACGGUGGAGCUCCGGCCUGGAGAGACUACCAUAGUCUCAUGGAAGAAGCUGAUGAGAGACGCUAACAAGGUUAAUGGAUCCACUUCGGCCCCCAAAUAUCCCACCAAUGCACGCCCCGCCCUGGAGUCAAGAAUCGCUCCUCAUUUCCUCCCAAAACCAUCCGUCAUACUUAGCAUUACAAGAGAAGCAGUAAGUCGAUGGCGUGGUUUCUCACCUGGCAUAAUUACAAUUCGGAUCCCUCAGGGUCCCACUGCUGAAAACAAAGUAACAGAUGCUUCCCAGCCAAACCGUUUCAGUGCUGUAAUAGAGAAGAUUGAACGUCUUUACAUGGGUAAGGACAGUAGUGAUGAGGAAGAUCUACUUGAUGUUCCUGAUGAUGAUCAGUAUGAUACAGAAGACUCUUUCAUUGAUGAUGCUGAGCUGGAUGAAUAUUUUGAGGUUGAUAAAUCGGUAAUUAAACAUGAUGGCUUCUUUGUCAAUAGGGGGAAAUUGGAACGCAUAAGUGAACCAUCAGUAUCAGCUAACCAGCACCCAAAGAAAAGGCGCAAAAAAGAUGUGUUGAAGAAUACUGCUGAAAGUUAUGAAGGUCAAGGAUCAAAUAAACAUGUAAAACUGGGCAAGGCAGCAACCGGAAAACCAGCAUCAUUACCAAUGGAGAAUACAUCUAAUUCCUCACAAAAUUUGGUCGUACCUAAUGAAAAUUACAAGGAAUCAAAAUUUCAGAAUCGAUUGGAUGUCCUGGGAAUCAGUUCAAAAAAGAGAACUGUUGAUACCAAACCAGUAUUGGAUUCUUCUGUCUCUUCGAAAGUGUCUUAUGAUGACGGUCCUAUUUCUGUGUCUGAAGCAAAGAAUGUUGAUAAACAGAAUGCAGGAGUCCUUCAAUUAAAGAACACGAGCAACAAACACAAUGAUGCAAGCACAUCAUCUGAUGCUUCUCAACGGAAGUACCAUGAAAAAAGUUCUGGUGCACACUCCAAGUCCCAAACUGGAAAACCCUCUAGUAAUACUGACGAUUUGGAAGGUAAUGGUCGGUCAAAAGAAAAAAAUAGGACCUGUGAAUUGCCAGAUCUUAACUUUUCUGAGGGCAAGCCUGCCAUGCAAAAAGCAAAAUCACACUAUAUGCACAAGAAAGAUGGUUCUAGUGUGAGGCCAAAAAUUUCAGUGCUUGAAAAGGCAUUUCGUGAGCUAGAGAAGAUGGUAGUGGAAUCAAGGCCACCUGCAGGGGAAAGCCAGGAGGCUGAUACUGUAUCUCAGGCAGUCAAAAGGAGAUUGCCUAGAGAAAUAAAGCUAAAGCUCGAUAAAGUUGCUAGAAUAGCUGCAAGCCAUGGAAAAGUAUCAAAGGAUUUAAUUAACCGUUUAAUGGGUAUAUUGGGGCACCUGAUUCAGCUUAGAACACUGAAGAGACAUUUAAAAGUGAUGGUAAGUAUGAGCAUGUCAGCAAAGCAGGAGAAAGAUAACAGGUUUCAGCAGAUAAAGAAGGAAGUUGUUGAAAUGAUUAAGGUGCGAGGAUCCUCACUGCUAUCCAAGUUGCAGCAACAAGGUGGAGCAUCUGGUGAUUAUCAAGAAUUUGGUCCUGAUGAAAAGGCUUUAACUGCAAGGAAGCUUAGUAUGGACUCUGCACUGGAGGAUAAGAUUUGUGAUCUCUAUGACCUUUUCGUUGAUGGGUUGGAUGAAGAUGCAGGUCCGCAAAUCAGAAAAUUUUAUGCUGAGCUUGCGCAAUUAUGGCCAAAUGGCUACAUGGACAACCAUGAGAUCAAACAUGCAAUUUCUAGAUCAAAAGAGAGGCGCAAAACAUUGUACAACAGACAUAAGGAUCAGGACAAAGUUAAGAGGAAAAAAAAAUUGGGAGCUAGGCAGGAGGGGAAUCUUCGAUGUGAUGCCUUGCAUCACAACAUGCGAGAGAGAUUAGCUCCAGAAUCUAGCAGUCAUGCUUCUACCUCAGUGAACAGAAAAGUUUCUAAUACAAUCACCACUGCCAGGGCUCCCAGUUCUUCUAUGAAUGGUCCUAAACAAGAGAAAGUUAAAGCAGGUUCGAGUAAUCCCCGGGAUAAUGUCAGGAUAGCGGAUGGCGUUCUAAGAAAGAAGGCAAACAGAAAAGCUGAACUGCAAUCGGAGGGACCUCAUAUCCGUCCUGAAAAGCUGGGUUCUUUGCUGGGAGAAGAAAGGCCUAAGGUCCUAAAGCAGUCUGCUGGUGUUCCCCUUGAAUCGAACUUGCAGCCGACAUCUAUUCCAAGUCUUGAGCAGUCAAGUUAACGUGAUAUCAACUAGGAGGCUUGCACAGGAAAAAUGUCUGCAUGGGGCUUUCAUCCCGUAUUUUUUGUUCUCUCUCAAUCCCCCACUUCGGAGUAAAUUAUAUUUUAAUGAUGGUCCACUUUUUGUAAUUAGAUGUCCUUGCAAGGUUCUAUGGAGUAUGGGUUUAUACAUAGGGUUUAAUUUCGGCUCCUUCCGCUUACCGAAUUUCCUCGUUCUAAUGAUUUUUCACUGCUUCCGGCAUUAUUUGUACGGAGGGGUAAUAGUAAUAGUAGAUUGAGAUGA